UCCGCCUACACACUUCGCGGAAGGCGAUCGAGGUGCUCGCUCGAACAUUUCUCCAGAACCUGGUAAACCUUUGACCAGAAAAAAAAAGGGAGUACCAUGACGCGGGUCCACGUUUUGCUCCCGCCCGCCUACUCCUCGUCGUCUAAAUCGCGGGCAUCACACUAGUAAACAUUGUAUUUAUAAUCGCCGUAUCGGUUUUAUUUCGCCCAUUUGAUUUACUUGUAAAAGGGGAAUCGGCGAUCGCGCAAGAAGUCUUCCAUCUAUUCCAAAAGUUGAAAUUCCUGCCUCGAGGAAGCGGCGUUCCAAGGAAGGAAUUAAGGGCGCCAUCGGACGAGCCGGGGCUCUGGGGCGGCAGCGAGAAUGGACGAGGAGAUCGGCAGAGCUGCUGCGGUGGAGUCUUCUUCGUCGACAGCGGCGUCAAAGAGGUGCGCGUGGAAGUCGAAGCUCAGCUGGAUCCCGACCUCCACCGAUCUCAUCGUCGGCGCCGAGAAGCGUCUGUUGUCUCUCGUCAAGACAAGUUAUGUGCAUGAGCAGGUCAAUAUCGGCCCUGGACCACCAGGUUCAAAAGUCAGAUGGUUCAGAUCUUCUAGUGAUCAGCCAAGGUUUAUUAAUACAAUAACAUUUGAUAGCAAAGAGGAUGCUCCCACGCUUGUUAUGGUGCAUGGAUAUGCUGCUUCUCAAGGAUUUUUCUUUAGAAACUUUGAUGCACUUGCUGCUCAUUUUCGAGUGAUUGCCAUCGAUCAACUUGGUUGGGGUGCAUCAAGUCGACCGGACUUUGAUUGUAAAAGCACAGAAGAGACUGAAGCAUGGUUCAUUGAUUCUUUUGAGGCAUGGCGUAAAGCCAAAAAUCUUGACAAGUUCAUUUUGCUUGGACAUUCUUUUGGAGGCUAUGUUGCAGCAAAGUAUGCUCUGAAGCAUCCUGAACAUGUUCAACAUCUGAUUUUGGUUGGCCCUGCUGGCUUUUCAUCAGAGUCGGAACAUAUGCCAGAGGAGCUGGCCAAAUUUAGAGCUUCUUGGAAAGGGGCCUUUGUAAAUCAUCUUUGGGAAUCCAAUGUGACUCCUCAAAAGUUCAUUAGAGGAUUAGGUCCGUGGGGCCCAAAUCUGGUCCAAAGAUAUACAAGUGCUAGAUUUGGCUCAUAUUCGGCUGGCGAGGAAUUAACCAAGGAGGAAUCCAAAUUGUUGACUGAUUAUGUGUACCAUACUUUAGCUGCUAAGGCAAGUGGAGAAUUGUGUUUAAAGUAUAUAUUUUCCUUUGGAGCAUUUGCUAGGAAGCCUCUUCUUGAAAGUGCCUCCGAUUGGAAAGUUCCUACCACCACCUUCAUUUAUGGCUAUCAAGAUUGGAUGGACUAUCAAGGUGCACAACAAGUUCGAGAAGGCAUGAAAGUGCCUUGUGAAAUCAUAAGGGCUCCUCAGGCGGGACAUUUCGUAUUCAUCGACAAUCCUUCUGGAUUUCAUUCGGCAGUUGUCUAUGCUUGUCGGAAAAUUCUUUCCCCGGGUCAUGGAGAUGCCAUGCGUUUUCCUUAUGACUUGUCGUCUGCAUAGCUUGAAAUGCACGUCUUACAGUGUGCAAGACAUGCACAAGGAAUUGCGCAGUCAGAAAAAGGUGAAUCGCAUUCUUGGUGGCAUAUUUAAAGUGUUGUAAACUAGUAAUACCUCAUCUUCUGUAUCUAUUCAUCCGACUAUUAGAAAUGGUUAAUGUAGCAAACCAAGAGGCCGUUAAGUUGGAUUAUUUGUCUAAUAAAUUGCUUUGGUGUGGGUAGAAA